AUGGUAGUUGAAACUGCCACUCAACACUAUCUAUCUAUCUAUCUAUCUAUCUAUCUGAGUCUGUUCAUUAUCUAUCUAUCUAUCUAUCUAUCUAUCUAUCUAUCUAUCUAUCAAUAUGUACCUAUCUAUUUUGUUCCUAUCUAUCUAUCUCAAUAUGUUCAUAUCUAUCUAUCUAUCUAUCUAUCUAUCUAUCUAUCUAUCUAUCUAUCUAUCUAUCUAUCUAUUACAGUCUUUAACUAUCUAUCUGUAAAAAAAAACAGAACUCAAAUUAUCUAUCUAUCUAUCUAUCUAUCUAUUCUUAUUUGUUCAUCUAUAUCUAUCUAUCUGUUCUUGUUUGUUCAUAUCUAUCUAUCUAUCUAUCUAUCUAUCUAUCUCUCUCUCUCUCUCUCUCUCUAUAUAUAUAUAUAUAUAUAUAUAUAUAUAUAUAUAUAUAUAUUCUUGUUUGUUCAUAUCUAUCUAUCUAUCUAUCCUUGUUUGUUAUCUAUCUCUCUAUCAGUUCUAUUCUAUAUAUCCAUCUGUCUAAUUUAUCUCUCUGUCUGUCCGUUUCUAUGUAUUCUAUCUAUCUAUCUCACUAUCUAUCCUUGUCUGUUCAUAUCUAUCUAUCUAUCUAUCUAUCUAUCUAUCUAUCUUAUUCUAUUCUAUAUAUCCUCUAUUAAUCUCUCUCUCUCUCUCUUUCUCUCUCUCUCUCUCUCUCUCUCUCUCUCUCUUCUCUCAUCUUUUCUAUUUUUUGUGUCGAUGCUCUCACUAAUUAGUGCCAUUCCUUUGGAUAUGGCAAAAGACAAAAAAGGAGACGAGAAGGCGAUGUUGCUCAACACAGAUAGGACCAGCCAUGUUGAAAAAAGGGCAAAAGAAGUUUUGAUGUUUGGAAACCAACAAAAUUCUCCUCGGAUUAAAAAAUCAGAUCCUGAAAAAGAACUUGUGUCCACUUCUGAUAAAAGUGCUUCGAGUGAGGGCCAAACAGAAGAGGACCUUUCCGAAAAACCCUCUGCUGCUUCAGAGGAGGACAGAAGUUCAGAACUACUAAAUGUCGGCCAGAUUCUUGAAAAAGGAGAACCCGAUCAACACGACAGCGACAGCGACAGUGACAGCGAUAGCGACAGUGACAAUACUCGCAUCAGCGACGUUGUGGAGACGAGUGAAGAAAAUAAAUCUGGAAGCAGCGAUGCUGAUAGCAGCUUGGGGGACGACAAAAGCCAACUCUUCGCUGUCCAGAGUAUCCCUGUUUCACUCGCAGUCGACGAUAGUGACAAGACGCUUGCCGAGUUAAACAAAGUUUCUUUGGAUAAGCAGAUGCCUUUAUUGGUAAAUCAGGCUGAAGGACAAUCUGAGAAAGAACUACCAGAAUUAGGAGAGCAUCUCGAAACGGAGAAACCUGCUGACUACGAUGAGCUCUUGAGGGAAUAUGAAGACGAAAAUGCAGCUGACUUUAAAAGACAACAAGCCUUCCAAUCUACACCUUUUUUGAACUACAUUUACCGAAGACGAAGACAAAUGGAAGAUCGACCCCAAAGAACAAAACGUGACCUCUUAUUGCCAGAAGACGCAGAACAAUAUUUGAAAGGUGAAAUUCCCGAAAAAUUAGUUACACUUGAAUCCUGGCCAAACGCAUACAGCGAAAGUGAGCUGUUGGAAAAAGAAGCCCCCUACGAAAUUGUGAGCAAUCCGUUCGAGGAUAAUGCCGGUUACGGAUAUCAGAAACGAUCCGACGUGAGCGACGCUCUGGAGGACGGGGAAAGCGCAUCAGACGACAGUGAAGACGUUCCUUACGAGGAAGUGGUCCUGGAUGGUCGGCCAGGAUAUUUCAUUCCAGCCAAACGAGAUUUCUUCCCUUAUUCAGAAGAACCGAUUAUGCACAUCUCUUGCAGUUGGCACGUGCCCUUGCUGUUCAGCGCGAUGAGAAAGGCAUCUUCAAUGAACAAGAAAACCUUCCUCAGGAAUAAAGUUGCAUCUGCCUGCACGCAAUGGAUGGAAGAUGAACUAUUUGUCCCAACAAGAGAAAUCAUCUUGAAAUAUGUGUAA